AUGGAUCGUGGGAAAAAGCCACCUCUGUUUGAAAAAGGAAAGUUGAUUCAACUAGUUGAAAGCGAUCCUUAUCAAACAUGUGCUGAUAUAGCAGAGCACUUCGAGUGCGGUGAAUCAACAGUGCGCAAAUACCUCCACGACUUGGGCUACCCGAAAAGAUUGGACAAGUGGACUCCUCAUGUGCUCACGCCAGCCAACAAGAUAGCGCGCUUCAACAUCUGUUCAAUUUUGCUUUGGCGUCACAUGGUGUCUUUUUGGAAACGGAUCAUCACAUGUGAUGAAAAGUGGAUCCUCCUCGAUAGGUUUCGCCGAUCAUCAUCGUGGGUCAAGAAGGGUUCUCAACCAGGAGUGGCUCCCAAACAAGAUCUACACCCCAGCGAGACCUUAAUUACUGUUUGGUGGAAUUAUAAAGGAAUCAUCUACGUAGACUACUUCCACCCCGUCGAACCAUUGAUGCGGACCGGUAUUGUUCCAAAGUUGAUGUGGUCCACUCCAAACUGGGGUGAGCCGGCAUUGGUCAAAAGAAAAGCGCUGGGAGGAGGGAGUACUAAGUAG